AUGCUUCGCGGCCGCAGGGUGGGACGGGAGCUGGAGCUGCCGGAAGCGCCUCCGGCUCUGCGGUUUCUGGGUCUUGUCUGUGGUGGUCGUGGGCUCCGUUCCACUCGUCGAGAUGGUGUGGGGACCUCCCAUGUUUUUUAACUUCAGCCGCAGGAACUCUGUCUGGCAGAGAAGAGAUGGUAGAUGAGUUAGUAACACUGAGGGGGGGAAGCGAAGGUGCUUCUUCGGGGAUCUGUAUUGGAACUGCCUCUUGAAGGAUCUGUGAUCAGUGCGUGCCUACUCGAAGGAAAGAAAAUAGAAUUCGGUUGUGUUGGAGCAAAGGCUAUCCAGAUCGUGGCCGAAGUAUUCUUGUUUUCACAGUUGAGGACAGCAAAGUAAAGCAGGAUGUCCGUGGAUCCGAUGGCCUAUGAGGCCCAGUUCUUUGGCUUUACACCACAGACUUGCCUGCUGAGGAUCUACAUAGCAUUUCAAGACCACCUGUUUGAAGUGAUGCAGGCUGUUGAACAGGUUAUCCUAAAGAAGCUGGAGGGCAUCCCAGACUCUGAGAUUAGCCCUGUCCAAAUUCGUAAAUGCACAGAGAAGUUUCUUUGCUUCAUGAAAGGACGUUUCGAUAACCUUUUUGGCAAAAUGGAGCAGCUGCUUUUGCAGUCGGUUUUGUGUAUUCCCCCAAACAUCCUGCUUCCUGAAGAUAAGUGUCAGGAGACGCAUCCUUUCAGUGAAGAGAAGUUCCAGCUCCUCAAAAAGGAAAUCGAAGAGUUACAGGAGAAGUAUAAGGUCGAAUUAUGCACUGAACAGGCCCUUCUUGCAGAAUUAGAGGAGCAAAAAACUGUUAAAGCCAAGCUUAAAGAGACCUUGACUUUCUUCGAUGAGCUUGAAAACAUUGGCAGAGAUCACGGAACUAGUAACUUUAGGGAGAGUUUGGUCUCCCUGGUCCAGAACUGUAGAAAACUCCAGAACAUUAGAGACAAUGUAGAAAAACAAAGCAAAAGACUGGAAACACAGUAAUUUCUCAGUAGUGAAAAGAGAGAACAUGUAAAUAAGCAGCUUUUCUUUGAUUACUCUUAUGUUUAAAGUCUUUUGGGGCUACUUCCCCCUCCUUUCUCAGAUUCCACAAAGCAGAUUGGCAACUGCAUGCUCCGGUUCAGACUUCUAAAGCAGAGUUUGUGUUCAUCUGCUUUCCCCCUUCUGAGAUUUGGGUUAACUGCCCUUGUAUCUGGUAACGCCUCUAGUUCUUCUUUUGGGUUUGUACCCAUUCAGCUGUUAGGGGUGCGUUAGUUUGAUUUCAGGAGGGAGUGGAAUCCUGUGUAAGUGAGGCCUAUAUAUUCAUUUAUUGAAUGUUGAAGUGCAGCCAUGAGGUACAUCAGGGACUAAUAAAGCAGAAAGGACAUAGCUCAGUGGUAGAGUAUGCUCAGCGUGUGGGUGUCUCGCGGUUUAACAUGCCACACUCUGGAGAGAAGAAAAGGAGGAGGGGGAAGAACAAAAAUUAAAAAACAAAGGGAAAUGGUGUGGCAGAGGGGGUCAGGGAUAUGGGGUGAAGUAUGAGUCAGCAGGUAAAAGGUACAAGCCUGGUGACCCCAGUUGGAUCCCCAGAACCCAUGUAAAGGUGGAAAGAAAAGCUUGACUCCACAAAAUUGUACUCUGACUUCCAAAGGUACACUGUGGUAUGUGCACCCCUCAUCCCCCACAUUGUGUGUGCAUACACACAUACACAUACAAUAAUAAUUUUGUUUUAAGAGAUAAGCAAAACCUCUGUAUGGUUGAAUGUAUGCCACUAAAAAAACUGACUCCUAGCUUGCUGUCAUGCACACUGUUGAUCCCAGCACUUGGGAGGCAUAGCAGAUGGAUCUCUUGGGAGUUCAGCCUGGCCUAUCUAAAGAGUUCCAGGACAGCCAGGGCUACAUAGAGAGACUUGUCUCACAAACCAAAAACAAACAAAACAAUAAAACUCAUAUCUGAUUCAUGACACUUGUUAUGUUGGUAAAGCAGACUGUAUUGGGGACUCUUGGGUUAGAUAUAGGAACCAUUGCAGCAGGGCUUUGCAUUGAGGGAGAGGUUAGAUUCUGAAUAUAACAAGGAAAAGUUGGGGAUAUGCAGCUAAGGAACAGAAUGGACUUGUAGGGACAAAAGGUCAUCACUGGAUGGAAAAUUACUAAAAGGGUCAGUGUUAGGGUUUGAAGUGUCCACAAAAUUCAUGUGUUAAAACUGAUUUCCUAGUGAUACAGUGUUGAAGUUGAAUAUUUAUACUUUGAUUAAUGCCUGUGAGAGUGGGGGAGUUUUUAGGGAGUAGGUUUCCAAUAAAAACAUGAGUUCAGGCCACUCUCUGGUGUGAUCUCACCCUAUAACGCCUCCACUGUGGGAAGAGACAGCAAGAAGGCAUUUUCCUUAACGGUGGACUUCCUAAUCUCUAUACUUGUUAUAAGUAAAUACUUUCUUGAGGUAUUUACAUGCUACCUUGCAGCUUAAUAUAUGGGAAGAGAUUCUUAAUUCAGCACUGGCUUCUUUGAGGGGAAUGCUUAAAGAAUGAUGCCAUAGCCAAAGAUGCUUGUACUUUGGUCGUGAGCCCUUUGUGAUCUCAAUCCUUUUGACUGACUGAAGACAACUUAAGAGAAGGAUUAAAUCAACUGAUUCCUUUAUUAACCAGGCAUCACACUGGGCCAGCCAGUACAACACACUUACCAGUAGCUUUACUUAUACCAGGAACUUGCUAAUUGAUUGCAAUAAGUAGCAAAAAAGACCAUUCUUGGCUUUGGUACAGAAUAAAGGUUGCUGUUUCCAGAACAAAUCCUUCACAAGAGCAAGGCCCUGGUGGUGGUAAGCGGUUAACCUUGGAGUCCAGCAAGACUUAGAGAAAAGCCAGUCUCCUUUAUGGCUUUUUGUUAUUUGGGGUUUUGUUUUGUUUUUUUGAGGCAAGGUUUCAUGUACUCAGAUUGUCUUCUACCUACAAAAAAUGCUGGCAUUACUGUUUGCCACCACACCUGGCUCAUUGGCUUUUUACUUAAAUGAAAGCUUUCACAUUUGUAGCACAUUGGAAACAUUGUAGUUGAAUGGGGAUCCCUCAGAAGAUAGGUUUGUCUUGUAAUUCCUGAGACUUAAAUGUUGCCUUAUUUAGAAAGAGGGUCUUUGUAAGUAUAAUCAUUGAGUAUGAAGAGACCAUCUUGAAUUACCUUGGUGGGCCCUAGUCCAGUGAUGCUAACUAAAUAUACCUCUAAGGAGAAAGCAAGGGCCAGGGAGGCCAAGAGAAGAUUUGAGAUGAAAGACAAGCAAGCUGUCUUGUUACCUUAGACAGUUCGGAAUACUGCAGCCACAAGGUGGAAGAGGUGGGGCACAGUAAGCAUCUGUGAGCUUCAGAAGUGGUGUGGUCCUGUGGACACAUUGUAGAUUUCUGACCUGCACAGCUAUGAUAAUAGUUCCUGGUGUUUUGAGUCACUGGGUUUUUUACAGCAGCCAUGGGCCUAGUGAAAUCAGAGUAUGAUACUUAUAAGGGUAUAGGAUACCUGUUAGGAAAAUAAAAUCUGAGGCCUUUCAUGCUAUAUCCUAGAUAACGAAGUUCUAACAUUGCCCUCAAGCAUAAUAUUUCAUAAUCAGAAAUGAUUUCGUGUGUCCAUAUAUCUGUCUACCACUGACAACUCAGAGUAGAACAGGACACUUGCCCCAAACAAUUGACACUGGGUUAAUUUUGAUCUGCUCGAGGUAGAUAGCUGAUGUUUGUCCCUUGGGCCAAACGUAGAUAUGUGAUCUCAGGCCAAUAAGAGUCUAGAAUUUUAGAAAUACAUACUUUUGGCACUAGUGAUUGAACCUAAGCGUGUUCACACUAAGCUAUACUGAACUAUAUAUUCCUAGGAAUUUAGCAACAUAAAACAUGGGCCAAAAGGAUUAAUAAAACAUUUGAUUAUUUUUAAGAUUUAUUUUAUGUGUAUAAGUGUUUUGCCUACAUGUACAUGGAGUGAAUGCCUGAAGAGGCCAGAAGAGAGUGUCUGAUCCCCAGAACUGUAGUCACCAUGUGGGUCAUGGAAGCCUAAACCCUGUCCUCUGCAAGAAUCCUGAGUGUUCUUAACUGUUGAGCCAUUUCUCCAGCUCGUAGGUGAUUUUACAGUCACACUCUAAAAGGCUGCUUAUUAAUUAGGAAAAGACUUGGUAUGCAGCCUCAAAAUUGGUUUAUUUUUGAGAUCAUAGGGAAGCAGUCUCCUACAAAAUAAAGCAGUCAAAUGCAUGAUCACUGUGGGAAACCUAAACUGCCUAACAGGAAGGUAGGCCAGACAGGUGAUGAUGCUAAGGCAACAUGUGGAUGAUGGGAAAGCAGUGAUUAGAAAAUACAGGCCACCCAGCACUCGGGAGGCAGAGGCAAACGGAUCUCUGAGUUUGAGGCCAGCCUGGUCUACAGAGAGUUCCAGGACAGCCAGGGCUACACAAAGACAUCUUGAGUCAAAAACCAAAAAGAAUACGAGCCAGAUACUGGAGCUAAAUAGAACCAGAAAGUUCAAAGAAAAUGAGCAGAUGUAGGGAACACAGGCCAAUAAGACAUAUUGGAGUAUGGGAAGGAAAGUCAUUGAGUCUUGGGUCUGGGUAGACUUGAAGGCAGUGGUGGGUGAAUAGUAAAGGCUGUAGUACAACAGCAGGGAGACUUGGUGGGACAACAAUACAUUCAGAAGUGAGGGACAAUAUAGGUUAUGUUUGCUGUUCUGGGCAUUGAACCUAGGGUUCGUAACAUUGAAAUACAUCCCAAUAUUGGGGAUAUUUGAGAUUUUAAAAUUUUAUUUGUAUCCCUGUGUAUGCCAUAUGUUUGUUGGUGCUUGUGAAGGCCAGAAGAGGGUAUCAGAGCUGGGGUGAAAGGGUGAUGGUGAGCUGACCAACAUAGAUGCAGGGAAUCGAACUCCAUUCCUCUGGAAGAGCAGCAAGCAUUCUUUUGUUACGUAGUUGGUGGGUUUGGUUUGGGCUCAUGGGAGGAAAAGUUUCCAUUUCCUCUUAUAUUUCAAGGUAAGCCUUACUGAGGGAAGUCGGGGCAGGGACUCAAGCCUGGAGGCAGAAACUGAAACGGAGGCCACUGAAGGAUGCUACUUACUCUCUGGCCUGCUCAGCUUUUUUAUUAAAACAUAGUUACAUAUUUUCCUCAUUCCCUUUACUCCCUCCAACCCUUCCCAUGCCCCUCUUCUCAAAUUCAUGUCCCUUUUCUUAAAUCGUUAUUGUUAAACAUAUACACACAAAUAUAUAAAUACAACCUGCUGAGUCUA